GUCAGUUGAAUUCUAAAUUUUCGUAUAAAUUUACCUUUCUUUUGGAAUCCUAAAAAGCGUGAGGCAGAAAAAUUUACACAAACCCAAAUCCUUCGGGAAAUGCCUGUACCCACUUCAGAAACCUGUCAGGGCUCUUAUCGGCCUGACUGCUACUCUUCUUCGCGCCUGAUGAAAAUGACCCAUAUACCUAUAUUAAAUCUGGACUACUGAUUGAAUGCGAUGGCUUGUGGCGAGGGCAUGGUGGCCGUGGUGCGCGGACUGAAGGACGCAGGAGUUGCUGUGACGCUGCUGGACUCCGGACGACAGUAUACCUUGCUGCCCGACCCUGUUGCAACUCAUCCCAGCGUACCGCGUGUGAACCAGUGUCGCCACGCAGCGUCCCAGUACGCGGUCGACGCCGACGUGUCGACAACCCGGCGAGAGAGCAGCGUGCAAGCGACUGAUGGACGAUAUGCUAGUACUUAUAGGACGACGCAUUGCCGUUUGACCCCAACCUCCCCGCCGGAACUCGUCACGGAAUUCCCUCCACAGAGAGCCGAGCUGUAUCCCGGUCAUGAAAACUUCGUGAUCGGCGGAGCUGGUAGCGGGAAUAGCUACAGCCCAGGCACGCGGUGUAGCAGCUACAGAGGUGGGCUGUGCUGGCCGGACAAAGGUUCAGUGUACGCGCCGAAGCCUUCCAUCCCCACGGACACGUUCACCAGCUCCCUGCGCAAGUAUCCGAACAUCUCCCAGGAUAGCUCCUCUGAAAUAGUGGAACGACUCAUCUCAUUCACUCAAGCUAAACACUCGUCGUUAAAGAACCUACGCUCCAACGUAUCGCCAACGCGUACCAUCAUAGAGUCGGACGUGUCCAUUAACUUGGACAGUUACUCUAGGAACACCACCAACGCGAAGUAUCCCCGACAAUAUGAACCAGAGGUUGUCACCAGGUCCAAGAGGUUACAAGAAUCACCCACCCGGGAUAAGGAUAAAAAGAAAGGUGUAAUAGAUCAAGAGAAUCUGGAAUCUUGGAGAAGAUCCACAUUUUGCAGGGCCAACGACGUCCGAUGCUUGAAGGACGUGUCUAGGAAAGUCCGGGAUGGGUUACGAAAUCUAUCCCAACAUGCGAAUAUUAAACCUGAAAAACUGAACAAACCAAGGGAGAGAUAUGAACCAAACGGCAAAGUACAUCCGAACUCAAAUUUAGUGAAUAUGGAAAUACAAGCGGCUGUACGGAUGGUAUCACGGGAGAUUACCACCAUGCCUUUAGCGGUGCCCUCGCAAAGAACAAUAGCAGUUCCUAUAAGUCCAUCUCCGUCAGGUACCGGACCAAGGCCAGAACGUGUAUCAAAUGAUCCAUCAGAAAUGGUGAUCUCACAAGUAACAGAUGUGAUUCAACCUAGCACUAAACUUGGCAAAGAAUCCCAAGCAGCGAUUGGCACUAUAGAUCUCAGCGAUAACCAACUUAAACGAUAUAAAGGAAGCAAAUCACAAGAAGAAAUAACAAUGUCGCAAAAUGAAAUGCCAGUAUUUCAAGAUUUAUAUCUAGGGCCAUGUUACUCGAAAUUCCGUCACAGAUCUCGUAGUAAAAUAAUCAGGCACGAUAAGUGUCUAAUGAAAUCUGUUAGAAACUUGGAAAGAGUACACAAACGUGUGUUUCAUGAAUCUAGAUCCAAUCGUAUGAUAAGUGUUUCUAAAAACUUAAAAAGUGUUCGAUCCUACGUCCAAAUUGGGCGAUCUGAACUCACACCAUAUUCGAUCUCUGGUGAAGAAUAUUUAGCUGAAAUAUUAGAAGAUUGGCUAGAUUUAAUCCCUUUUAAGCUAGAAUACUCUUUUGAUCGAGAGUUCGACAAAGAACUAAUUUUUUAUCAAUUUUUCGAAUGCCUUAAAUCUUUUGCUUACAACCCCUUUGAUUCACACAGGAAAAAAAGAUUAAAAUCUGAUAUUUUAGAUAGAUUGGAUACACUUCCAAUUGAAAUAAAAGGAGAUAGGGGUGUUGUUUUAGCUAGUUUAGCUGAUAUAUUGAUAAAUAAAGUAAAACAUUUUGGUUGCACGAAGUGUAGCAUGAGUGAAAAUACCAGUAGGCGAGAAAUCAGGGGAUUAAAAGUUAGCUCUACUUUUGUAAGAAGUGCAGCUCUAACCGAAGGUGAGCUCAAAAUCUUUACGUCCGCAGAACUAAGGUUAUAUUUAGAAAAAACCUUUUUGAAUAUUAAUCGGCACAAAAUUAACGAUUUGGAAGAUGAUUUAGUACAUUGUUUUAUGUUAUUUAUGGAAGAAUUGAACUUUGGUAAUUACAAACGCAUAAGAAAAAGCGUUAUGAAAAUUUCAGAAGAUUACGGAUUUUCAAAACAUCAUGCUAUGCAUUUUUCAAAUCUCCUGAUAAACCAUUUAAAAGAAUCAUUUAUACACACUAGAACACCGACUAAAGUACGCUCCGAGACAUUUAUUGUUCUUCAAAAUAUACAGAACUUAAAACAGUCCCCAAAAUAUAUAAUACAUAACAAUGAAGUUGGUACGAAUUAUAAGUAUGAAAACAAUACUUAUAGCCUAGACGAUUAUACUACUGAAUUAUGCAGACAAAUAGACGAGUGGCUUUCCACUUUAAAAUUACAAAUUCUUGAAAGUAAGGAAACCGGAUUUAGACAAGUAAUAAUAAAUGAUUUGGCUGGAGACAUAAUCGAUAGACAAAAGUAUUUAGAAUUAAAUCCAACUACAAGAGAAAAUUCAAAUGAAGCUGAAUUAGAACUUUUAAGGUAUCAGAUAUUCAAAUGGGUUACUAAACUUGUGGGUGAAGAUAAUUUUGUACCUACAGACCAUGCUCCAGAAUUGAUGGAGCGAAUACGAGGAUUACAUUACUCCCGUGAGAUUGCUCAAUUAAGUGGGAAUUUGAUAAGCAAUAUUAAGAUUAACCAGUCUUUGUCAAAAAUUAAACACGACUCUAAUGCCACUAAUACGCAAAGCAAAGCUGAAAAGGUUUCAUUAGGUGCAACAGGUUCUAUCAGCUCGAAACAAUUCGAGGUAAUGACCAUGUCUCAAGAAGGAACAGGUAAAAUAGCUGCCAAAGAUUUUAAUAACACUGUAAGUGGAAAUCAAGACUUAAAAGCUGCCUGUUGUAUUGAUUUGACGAAGUCUAGUCAAAGAGUGAAAACUGUUGAGCAACUUGAAUCAGAAUACAGACAAUUCGUUAAAGAUUGGGUGGAGCAAGUACCCAUAAAGACAUCCAGCCCUGAACAAGAAACUGUAGUCAAGAGAGCUAGGGUCGAAUUACAAAAUAGUUUGUGGAAAAUUGUAUCUAAGUUAAAUUGUGACCCUGCCACUUAUUACAAUCGAUUUUUUUAUGAGGACCUUUUAGAUGACGCAAUUGAUGAUUUAUUAGAUGCUUUACCCCAAAAUCCAGAUAUGAGAUCUACAAGGCAUUUGCUCAAAAUACAGUUCAUUGAAAAAAGUAUAAGUAUUAAUGACCAAAUAAAGGCACACGAGGAUGCUUCCUUUAAAAAUAAUCUAGUGAAAAAUGUUAUUACAAGCCUCCGCACACAUGGAAUUAUUGAACAUGAACACGAUGAAUCCAUAAAACAGCACGAAGAUCUUCAAAUCUUAAAAUUAGUUGAGGAAUACCUUUUAUACACUAGAUUUAAAAAUGAUAACAAGUUGAUCUCUGAUGUGUUUAAACACAAACUAACACAAGAAAUUGGGGAUUUUGUUGAAGAUUUAAAAAUAAAUCAUGCCAGAGAAUUAAAAAACGUUGAUGCUUCUUCGUACAAAACUGAAAUCAUGAAUACAUUGCAGAAAGUCCCUUUACCAAGUGAAAGAACUAUAAAAGAAGAAGCUGAUGAUGCACUUUUGGGAAUUGAAGUGGAAAAGUGGUACACAGAUUUGCCUUUAGUCCCAAAUGAACACUCUUACAACACUUAUAAGAAAAAAAGAGAUUUAGAGAUGCUGGCUAUGAAAAUCAAAGAAAUUGUAAAUAAUAUAAAAGCAGGUGAUUCAUACACGGCUGUCAAAGAUGAAGUAUCGAGAUUUCUUGAAAAAACACCACUUAAUGAAGGUGAAAGCGCAAACAUUAGUUUCAUGGCGGAUGAAUUGGUAAACAGACUUAGAAAUAUGGAAAAACAAUACACAAGUCAAACUAUUAAAAGAGUAGUUUUUCAAGAUCUAGAUACUUAUGAAGAUUUUGGAAAAAAUGUUCCCUUUGCAUCGAGUUACAUUGAGACAACUCCUGAAAAUAUCGCUAUUGAGAACGAUCUAACUUCUGAUAUAUUAAAUCAAGUGUCUAAAUUUGACAAUAAAGGGCAAUCUGAUGAUAACCAUUCUCUAGAAACGGCAUUUAAUGAGCAAUCUCGUAAUUUUAUAAGUGAACCAUCAACUUACAGGCCAUUCUCUGGAGAAAACCCAACGAGCUCAUCUUACUCCGAAACACCUAACCCGUGGCAUUCAUUAAAAGACUGUCAGACAUAUAUGCCAGGACUUAACAUAGCAAAAAGCGUCCAAGAUCAUUAUAUUCCUUAUACAUCUAACGUCUCAGAAAAUAAUCAAGACACUACCCUGGAUGAUGUUGAAAAUAAGUUAACAGAACAAAAUGACUACUCACAUUCAAGUUACCAAAAAGAUGUAUUGGAAAAAAAUCAAACGCAAGCAUCUUUUACAGAUAAAGAUCAAAGAAUGAAUGCGUAUCUAGAACAACCUGCAAGUAUCCAAUUUAAUCCUCGAGCUAUAAGAACCAGUAAAGGGUUAAUGGGAAUAAGUCAAGAUGCCGGACCUAGUGGAUAUAGGCAGAGUAAUUUUGAAAAUUAUGAUUCACCACUACACCCUAGCCAAGUUCCGCACACAUCAAUCAAUACCAAUGAUGAUAGAGGUCAUGUAACCUAUCAAUCAGCUUAUCAACAAACACCACAUGAUAGAGUGAAUGAAUCAUUUAAUAAAUUCUCAGUAGGUUGUCAAUCUUUAAAAAGCAAAGGAAUUGAAGAAAAUGAAAACGGCAGCAUCGCAAAUUUUGACAACAAUUUAGGGGUAUCAACAAAUACUUCAACUGGUCAUUUACCUGAUAUGGGGCAGCCAAAAUACGCGUCCACACCCGAACAGAGUAUACCACACUUACCUAACGUAAAUAAAAGACGACCUAAAUGGUUGAUAUCAGAAAGGGAGGGUGUGAAAAGACGGAUAAGCUUUAACGAUAUGGUGGAGGAUGAUGAUUAUCACUGUCGAUGUAUAGAGAGACUUUGGAGAAGAAGGAGGCUUAAAUACUUAUCUAGCGACGAAUUUAAUGACUAUCCUCCAUGUUUGCCUUUUUUUAUCCCUUACCCAUGUUUCUUGUAGGACUUGCUGAAGUAUUAUGUUGAUUGUACAAUCAGCAAAUGCAAUAUGGCACAUAAAUCUUGUUAGAUUUAUGUGCCAUAUUGUACGCUCGCAUUGUACGUACGCCAAAAAUGUCGUAUUUAGUCAAGUGCCGAAUUUUACACGUUCAUUAAUUUCAUUUCUCAAUUCCAGUAUGUCAGGUUUGUCUUACUGUCAGUGUUAAUACAUAAUUAGUAUAUGUGUUGUUUAUAACGUAAAUUAAUUUUGUAAAUAUUAUUGUCAAUAUUAUUGUCAAUU